AUGGUCAACAUUUUCGAAGUCUUCCUACCACAACUACUCCGGUACCCAAAUCCGACAGAUCCGCUCAAUGGCGAAGCGGCGGCGUUGAUGAUGAGGGAGCAGAAGGCUUAUGAUGCGAAAGUCAAAGAAUACGUCGCAAAGUAUGCCACACGAGAAAAUGUCGACGACGCCGGCGACGACUCCAACGAUAGCGACGAAAUGAGCAGCGUCGGCAGCCUCGACGAUGAUGAAGACGACGACGAGCCAGCCGGGCAGAUGGAUGAGGUGUAG